AUGGGAAACUGGCCGUUAGUAAAAUGUAGUUUACUUUCUUUAUUCAAGAUGAUGCCACUGAACAGCUCAUCAGAAAAAGAGGUUGUAACGAAGGAGGUAGUCGAUAGUAACAGGGCAAUUGAGUUUAUUGGAGCAAAAGGUUUCACUGAUCCUCUGAUAGCUAAGAGAUCAUUCAUUUACAUUUGCAGGCACUGGCUACAGAUAUUGUACGGCGUAUCUACUGUAUCCUACGACGCCGCUAUGGCAUCAUGCGAUUGGACGCUAAUCUUGUAG